AGACAUAAAGAUGAAAAAAAAGUUGCACUGAAACCAAAGAAAUUUUUUGAAAAUUAACUCUGGCAAACUAAAUCUAAAUGCAGACAAAUUAGAGUUAGCUUGCUUCUUAUUUAAGAAAAGAAAUGUUAGAAUUGGAGUUUGAGAAUCCCCUUUUGCUAUGUUUAAAUUCUUACUCUGUUGCUGUAAUCGGAGGGUAUCUAUAUUGUCUUUAGUUUCUGCACGCAUAAACGUUUAUGAUUUGAUAAACAAACUAGGCAACAUCUUAUUGAAAUUUGAGCCCACAAUUUCUUUCCUAUUUGAAUCUAAUUAUCAAAAUUGUAAAUAAAAUACAAACCCAUGCAGAAAAUAAGCUCAUCUUUCAACAGUUUUGUGAGACACAUGAUGAGCAACAUGUUGAACUCUUAUUGUAAACUGCAAUGAGGUUUACUUAAGAGAUUUCUAUCUGGAACCUAAUUGACCUUUGACAUGAUUAAUUUUAAGAUCAAUUAAUUUAAGACAACAUAAAUAUGUGCUCUAAAAAAUGAAGUGGAUGGAUAAUCAAUUCAGGAUGAAUUCAUGCUUGCUGGCUGCAUUAUUUAUUUUGCUAAGUUUCGGGAUUGACAUUGUUCAGUGUGCAGAGUGUCAAGGGGUCAUAGAGUGUGUAAAUACAUUUGUGUCCAAAACUCAGUCCAUUGGUCAUGACAGGAGUGCAUACUGUAGUGCAGUAUCUGAAGUGAUUGCAUGUAUAAAGAAAGUGGACUGUCUUGGAGAUACAGCUAUUCACAAAACCGAUUCACUGAGAACUUUUCAAACAGAUCGAAGUUGCAGUGGUGGCAUGACACUGGCCCCCAAGAGCUCUCUGAUCUUCCUCUCAACUUUGGCUUACAUCACAUGGAUGUUUUGUUUCAAAAACAUUUUGUAAAUUUGUUAAAAGAUAAAUGUCAUUUAGAUAGAUAUCUGUAGAAAUUUCAUUUAGAUAUCUGAUUUGUUAAGUUCUUAAAAAAAAAAAAAAAGAAAUUGAAUUACUUGAUUGUUUUGUCAUUUGGUUUUUAGUAUUAGAUGUUAAUUUUUUAUUGCAUUUCAUUUUUCACAAUUUGAUAAAUACAAAUAAUAUAGUGAUAUAAUUUUAAUGAUGUGAGUAUGAUUGUGAGUAUACAAAAUAUAUUUGUUAUCAGCUAGAUAUUUGUAUUGUAUGGAUGUAAAAGCAGAGUUUCUUAAAAAAUGAUUUUUGAGUGAAAUUUUGUUAAUACACACAGUUAUUCAAAUAAUAUAUGUGCAUUGUAUUUUUAUUGGUAGAUGUUAGCUCAAUAUAAUGUUCUCUAUUGACAGUGUAAGACCCAAGGUAGCAUAUUAGAUUGAAAUUUUGUGAUUAAAAGACCCAUUAUAUGUAAAUAUAGUUUACAUUUGCAACUAAAUGUGAACUCAUUAUCUUUGUUUUAUGAGCACAAUUUUACUUGACAUAAUUUUACAAAGUCAUAAAAAAAGAAAGUCUGUGUUCUCUCUUGUGCUUUAUUUGUAUAUUUGUGAUUUUUUACAAACAUCUUUUUGGACAAAAGUUAGCCAAAACUAAUUCUGCAUUAUUGUUAUAUCUUAGAAAUUCAUGUAGGCCUACCUUAAUUGUAAUGUCAUCUUAGAUCUUUAUUUUCCAAUGUUAUGACACUUAAUACAAAAUUUAUACUUAUGCAUACCAGUUUUAAUAGGAAAAUUUAAUGAUUGUUCUGUUUAAAUAUGUUCAUAAAAAAUGUUUUGUUUUUUUUGCAUAAUUAAGUGUAGGUUUAUUGGAAAAUAACUUUUUGAAAUUCAGGAUUUUAGACCAAAUAAAGAAAUUCAUAAGUUAAACAUUUUUUUGUUCAUAGUGGGAAAUGAAGCUGAUGGUCAUAUUGUCUUCAUUUAUACUCUACAAGCACACUAAGAAAAAGUAACCUUGUUUUUAGGUUUAAAAGAUAAAAUGAUAUUUGUCAUUGCAAAGUCACAAUCACUGCAAUGCUUCUCCCAUGAAAAUUGAGAUCUUAGUGCUAAUUCUGAUUUAAGACUUCCUUUUUAUAAAUUAACAUUAGAUAAUAUUUUAAGUGUAUUCGUUUAUUGAUCACAAGUUCAAUGCAGUGGUUUAAUUUUUUUUUUUAAAUACCUAAAUAUAACUCAUUGGUUUUACACUAGUGUUUUUUUUUAACUCCCUUUUUAUUAUUAAUCCUAUACAUUAUCAGAAAGAUUAAUAAGGGAACAACAUGAUUUCACUAGAAGCAUUUCUUAUUUUCGGAAACUACUGGUACAUUUAAUGUUUAUAUAUGUAUAUAUCGCUUAAUUAUUAUUAUAUAUAAUGUCUUUCUGUUGGAUACACAUUUUUUUUCUUUUAAUACUGCUUAAUGAAAUGAGGUCUUCUCAAGUGGUGCUUGGUAGAAAGUACUUGGUUCUCCACAUUGUAUUUAUUUCAGAUUAUAUGACUGAUUAGAAAUUAUAUUUUGAUGGUAGUGUACUGCCACAAAAAAAAAAGUUAUAAAUACUUUUAAGAAGUGCACUUUUUUAAAUGUAUAAUUUGAUCCUAAACCAAGAGGAAAUGUCUAAGAAGUUGCAUCAUCUUGUAUUUGAUCAGUUUAUUUAAAUCAAUUGAUAAAAAAUUUUGUUGCAUGGAUUAAAAUAAUUAUAAUUUCAAACAAUAAUCUGUAAAUCAAGACAAUUAUGAUGUAAAAAGAAAACUUGUAUAUAAAUAUUUGCAUGUAAUGUAUACACACUAUUCUUAGUUAAAAUUAACAUUCCACUCAAAGUUCCAUUUACUUAUUCUUUACAUAUUUUGUUCCUUUAUAGAUCUAUACACUAUUGUUUUUAUAUUACUAUCUCAGUGACUUUAUUAAGACAUGAAAUUACCAGGCAGCUCUUGACAACUGUUGUAAAUAAACAAUAAUCAAAUGA